AUGAGCACCAGCCACGCUGACCAGGGUGCCCGGCCACCCCGGAGUCCCUGCCCGCAGCCCCUGUCCCGGAGCUCUUCCAACCUGUUGGAAGGCCAGGGGCAGAGACCAGAGCUCCGCAAGAGCGCCAGCAGCACUGUAUGGCAGGCCCAGCCAGGCGAGGCCAGCGCCAGUCCGCAGGUCCCGGAGGAAGAGGAGCACCAUGCUGAGAGCACGGAGCAGACGCAGGCCUCCAGCCCCCGGCCCCAGCCCCGUGCUGUGGGCCACUGGCGGAGCAGCACUGUGGGCAAUGUGUCUACAGUGGGUGGUGGUGACCUGGGUCGCCUGAGGGCCCCCGGUGCCGCUGCCAUGCAGAGGAGCCACUCGGACCUGGUGCGCAGUACCCAGACCCGGGGCCACAGUGGUGCCCAUAAAGCCAGCCUCAGCUGCUCGGCCCUUGGCAGCUCACCGGUCCACAGGGCUCAGCUGCAGCCCAGUAGUACUUCUGGCCAGGGAGGCCGGGCCCCUGCAGGCCUAGAGAGGGACCUGGCUCCAGAGGAAGGGACUUCGAACUCAGCCUGGACACUGGGAGACAGUCAGGUGUGGGUGGCGCCACUAGACCUGGGAGGGACAACCACCCACAGCAGCAGCCCCCAGGCUGGGCCCAAAGCCACCGGGCAGCCAGCCACAACCUCCUGCCAUGCCCUGUCCCCAGCAACUCUCCUCUGCAAUAUGAGAGAGGUGGGGACCGGUGGCUGCUGUCAUGCCCUGCCAGCCCCGGGGAUCCUGGCCUUUCCCAAACUAGUGGCAUCGGUAAGUGAGUCUGGGCUGCAGGCUCAGCAUGGGGUGAGGUUCCAGUGCAGGUUGCCUGGGGGGCUCCCUGGGCAUUCCCACUGCUGUGCCCACCCUUGGGGUCCCACCGGGUUAGUCACGGAGCCUGGUACCAGGACCAAGGAUGUAUGGACCAUGACCUCAGCCAGUGACUUGGCCCCUGUGUUGGCAUCCUCUCUGUCAGCCCAAGAUGCUGGUGUACAGGCAGCCCCCAUGGCGGUUUGCAAGGCUGUGGCCACCAGCCCACCCCUGGAAGCCCCCGUGGCCCUGCACACAUUCCCGGAGGUAACUCUGGGGUCCGGCCUGGAGGAGGCACCAUCCCCUGUGCGGGAUGUGCGAUGGGAUGCCGAGGGCAUGACCUGGGAGGUGUAUGGAGCUGCAGUGGACCCUGAGGUACUUGGCGUGGCCAUCCAGAAGCAUCUGGAGAUGCAGUUUGAGCAGCUGCAGCGGGCACCCACCAGCGAGGACAGCCUGUCUGCGGAAGGCCGGAGGGGGCCUCUGCGUGCUGUCAUGCAGUCCUUGAGGCGCCCCAGCUGCUGCGGCUGCUCCAGUGCAGCUCCCGAGUGAGGAGCUGUGGCCCUCAGAGCUAUCCUGGGCCUGUGGACUCAGCCCCAGGCCAGGGACAGUGGGGGCCCUGGGCUCCUUGGACCUCCUGGCAGCCGUGGAUGUGUCUCUGCUGUUGGCUGACCGCAGGGCACAGGACUGCAGCCUGGGGACUUCCUGCUCCUUGCAGCUGGGCUGGUUUUUAAGGGCUUCAUUCCUGAGAGCCACAUCCCUGCACAUCCAGGCUCUGAACUUUGGGACAGACUUUCAGCACUGUGCAUAAGGGAGAUCCUGAUUUUUCUGUAAAAAUUCUCGACGUUCUGUUUAGUGUCUCCUCAGAACUCUGCCAUGAUUUCCCCUGGGACUCUUGGUGGCUGUAUUUUAAAGCAGGGCUCAGAUACAGCCAAUUCCUGACGUGAAAGUUGGGGCCCCACGUGACACAGGGACUGGCUGGGUCUUUGGGGAUGGCCACCGACACUGUUUAAGACCUCCUAUGUGCCGCACACUGUGCUUGUCACCUUCCCUUGUUGAGUCUUUGCCUCUUUGCCCGAUUUAUGGGUGAAACCACAGGCAUUUGGCAAGGCCGUGGCUGACAUGCCCAUUGGACUGCUGGAGGUGGUGGGCCGAGCUUCAGAGCCAGGGCUGGCUGAAGCCUGGGCUGCUUUCCCGCAGCACACUGGUGGUCAGUGCAGUGUAGUCAUGAACCAGAAGGAUUUAUUGAGUCUGUAUCCUGUGCUAAGUUCUGUGGAAUCCUUGGGGAAUGAGAUGGGCUGUCUGCACCCUCACUGAGCUGACAGGGUUGGGGAGGCGGGGUCUACAUCCGUACCAGGGCACCGGGCAACCCAGAAGGGCCCGGGGCUGCUGCUAAGAGCCAGCCCUCCUUGUUGGUCAUUGGGUCAGGGGCUGGCCUCAGGAAUGGGAGAAAAGGUGGCCACUUGUCCCCAAAUACGUUGCAGUGCCUGAAACGACACCAUUAUCACCUCAUUCCUUUGGCUUAAGGACUUAUUCCUGGCCAGUGUGGUUCUUGGAAGGAGAGAAGGCAGAAAUGGAUAG